ACUGAAACCAAACCCCACCCCACCCCAUCACACAUACUCUUUAUUUUUCAAUCCAAAUCUCUCUAACAAAGCACAGAUAAAACGGGUAAAAACCUCAAAAUCUCUAAACAGACAGACACACAACAAAAGGGAUUUUGUUUUCUUGUCUAUAGUCAUGUCAAUAGCAGUAGAUAGUACUUGUAAUAUAGAUAUGGAUUCCACGGGAUUUCCACGCGGAAGAUUAGGGUUUGUUGUGACGUCCUCGGUGUUUGAUUCUCCGGUCGGGAGGAGGGAGGAGAUGGCGGAGGAGUGUAGUCCGUCGUCUUUGACGACAUCUUCUAAGUCCUCGAUCGGAAAAGACAGUGAUCUGUCGGGCGGUGGAGAAGAUGGGCUGGAUGAAAAUGAGGUGCAAAGUGCGUAUAAAGGGGCCCUUGAUUCCAUGGAGGGAUUAGAGGAGGUUUUGCCUAUCAGGAGAGGUAUAUCAAAGUUUUAUGAUGGAAAAUCCAAGUCUUUCACAAUUCUGUCCGAUGCAUCCUCUUCUCCCUCCAUUAAAGACAUUGCUAAACCAGAGAAUGCUUUUACCAGGAAACGCAGAAAUCUUCUUGCUUUUAAUCAUUUUUGGGAGAAGAACAGGGGUUUCCCUCACCGAAAUGGGAUAUCAAAGAGACCUAUUAGCUCUAGCAAAAGCACAUUGGCUUUAGCAGUUGCCAUGAGCAGUUCCGAAAGCAUUAGCAGUGCUAGUGAGGAUUCAAAUUCAACUUCAACUUCAAAGUCUCCCCCACAUCUUCCACCUCUACACCCAAGAUCCAGGGCUUCUCAUAACAAUCUAGCAUCAUUGCCAUCCCCACGACAAAGUUUUUCUCCCUGGCGGUCAUUCUCUUUGGCUGAUUUACAGCAAUGUGGCACGGUAAACUCAUAUUGUGAAAAAACUGAUCAUUAACUUGACACUUCCAUCUUAACUUGUGCUGAUGCGGAGACUUUCAAUGUUCUGGGGAUGUAGGGAAAUGUUUUUUUUUUUUUUGUUUUUCAUGUUGCUUGCCCCUUUUUGUACGUGUUUCGAGUAAAUGGAAUGUCUAGAGGAAUACACACAUUCUCUCCUUCUGUUUUUA